AUGGCGGUGAGAGCCAGCUGCCACCUUCCCACUGAGGUCCUGCUCCGGUUUGAACUGAGUUUGAAGACGGCGAUCGUUUGUUGUCCAUCAGGUGUAAAGAUGUUGGGUAAAUGCUUGUCGUUCGGUCGCUCCCUGGUGCGGAGGAAGGUGGUGGACAUGAACUCUCUGGAGGAGUCCAAACUGUGCCGCUGCCUGGGGACCGUGGACCUCAUCGCUCUGGGAGUGGGCAGCACCCUGGGGGCCGGGGUCUACGUCCUGGCUGGAGAAGUGGCAAAAGGGAACUCUGGGCCCAGUAUUGUCAUCUCCUUUCUGAUCGCAGCUCUGGCGUCGGUCAUGGCCGGACUGUGUUAUGCUGAGUUUGGAGCAAGAGUUCCCAAAACGGGGUCAGCGUAUCUGUACAGUUAUGUGACGGUGGGAGAGAUCUGGGCCUUCAUCACCGGCUGGAACCUCAUCCUGUCCUAUGUCAUUGGGACGUCGUCUGUGGCUCGUGCCUGGAGUGGAACCUUCGACGAGAUGAUAGGCGGUCACAUUGAGCGCUUCUGUCAGACCUACUUCAGCAUGAACUACCCCGGUCUGGCCCCAUAUCCAGACUUCUUUGCCGUCUGCCUCAUCCUGCUCCUUUCUGGAUUGCUGUCGUUUGGGGUGAAGGAGUCGGCAUGGGUCAACAAGGUCUUCACCCUCAUCAACGUGUUAGUGCUGCUGUUUGUCAUCAUCUCUGGAUUCGUCAAAGGAGACGGCAAAAACUGGAAGAUUUCAGAAGAGUCGCUCAUCAAUAUUACGAUAACGCGAAGGAACCUGAGCGCUGCGGCGAACGUGACCAGUGACUACGGGGCCGGCGGGUUCAUGCCGUACGGAUUCAGUGGGACUUUGGCCGGAGCUGCCACCUGUUUCUACGCCUUUGUGGGAUUUGACUGCAUCGCAACGACGGGUGAAGAGGUGAAGAACCCGCAGAGGGCCAUCCCCAUCGGCAUCGUGGUGUCUCUGACCGUGUGCUUCCUGGCGUACUUUGGCGUCUCCGCGGCGCUCACUCUCAUGAUGCCGUACUUCCUGCUGGACGAGAAGAGCCCCCUCCCCAUGGCCUUCGAGUACGUGGGCUGGUCCCCUGCCAAGUACGUGGUGGCCGUGGGCUCCCUCUGCGCUCUGUCCACCAGUCUGCUGGGCUCCAUUUUCCCAAUGCCGCGUGUAAUCUAUGCCAUGGCUCAGGACGGGGUGCUUUUCAAAGUCUUAGCGCGAAUCAAUCCCAAAACGAAGACGCCACUAAUCGCCACAAUGAGCUCCGGUGUGGUCGCAGUCAGUAAGCGCCAGUCGCCCGUAGCCGCCACCAUGAUGGCCGGUACCACCGCCGCGAUCAUGGCGUUCCUGUUCGACCUCAAAGCGCUCGUGGAUAUGAUGUCCAUCGGGACGCUGCUGGCCUACUCUCUGGUGGCGGUCUGCGUCCUCAUCCUCAGGUACCAGCCGGAUGGGGUCCUGGAGCGCCGGUCGCCUCAGGGAGAGAGGGACUUCCUGUCUGAGUCCGAUCUCACGGAGUCCGAGUCACACCUGAACAUGUUGAAGGGGGCGGGGUCUAGCCUCCAGGCUGUGCUGCAACCCCCCUCCUCCCCCACCGAGCAGUCGUCCUCUGUGGUCAACAUGACGGUGGGACUUCUGGUGAUGCUGGUGUGUGUCAUGAGUUACCUGACCACGUAUCACGUCAGAGACAUCGUGUGUCUGGUGGUUUGGGUCCUGGUCGUUCUGGGCGUCUGUCUCCUGCUCUUCAGCAUCUGCGUCUUCAUGAUCUGCAGGCAGCCUCAGACCACCAAGAAAGUCUCAUUCAUGGUGCCUCUGCUGCCCUUCCUGCCCAUCCUCAGCAUCUUCGUCAACAUUUAUCUCAUGGUUCAACUCAGCGGAGACACGUGGAUUCGUUUCUCUGUGUGGAUGGCCGUCGGUUUUGUGAUCUACUUUGCGUACGGCAUGUGGCACAGCGUUGAGUACCAGCGCCACCUACAGCCGUCUCAGAAACCAAACACAGACAGCAAGACGCCGUGCAGCAAACCGGCGGAUAGCAUCACAAAAGACCAAGAGUGCUUCAUCCGCCCGGAGAAAACCAGCGAGUUUUAG